CUCAAUCAGAGUCGUGGCGAAACUCAUUCACAAAUGACCAACGUUUGAUUUAAGACGCUUUCCAUUGUUUAUUUCAAAUAUUACACAUCACUUUUUCUCAAGAGGCUGAUCUUGUCCACUCUUCCUUUUCCUCGCUCUGUCAUCUGCCUUCUUCACUUUUCCUUCGCCAUCGAAAAAGCGAGGGGUCUUAUUCUCAUCACUUCAAAAGGCUCAUCUCAUUCCUCGAGGAACCAGGUAGCUCCGAAGAUGGCACCUUUGUCUGAUCGCAAGCACCAGGAACUCCUCAAUGGGCCGACUCUCAAAAUUAUUGUCGGUUCAGGCGUCAACUACUCCGAAUUUCGCGUGCCAAUGAAACUAUUGAGCCACUACUCUUCGGUUUUCAAAGGUUAUAUUGAUAAGGGGGUUAUUUUCAUUGAAUUUGAGAAUGGUUACCCAGAAAUCAUGAGAUACGUCCUGGAGUAUCUCUGUCGCGGCUUCUUGGGCACCAUCCCUCGCUUUCCCACUCCCUCGUUGAAUCUGCUGCGAGUGUAUUUCCUGGCAGAGAAACUUGACGUGGGGGAGAUCAGGCAUGAGAUCAUGAAUCGAUUUGCUGCUGAUCUGGCUUUCGACCCAAUGGCCCUGGGGGUUCAGGAACUUCGAUACAUCUACAAUCACUUUGAAGAAAACACGCCUAUCAGGAAGCUAGCUGCAAAAUGGCCUGCGUAUGCGGUGCUGCAGAAGCUUGUCGAUUCUGUCAGAUAUAUUGUCCUUUUUGGCGAGAUUCCCAAAUUCGCACUGGAUUUUGUCAUGGGUGUUCGGGAUGGGCGAGUAGCUUGGAUGAGGGGCAGGCGUUUCUUCGUCAACCCUACCUGUCAGUACCACGAAUAUGCUGAUACUCGUUUCUGCGGAUAUGGCAACCGUGAGGAUGGCUUGGGAGAGACCAUUCCCGAUAUCGUGGUCAGACCUGGCAGCGCAAGUCAUGGAGCAAACGGAGUUCCUAAUAACAGAGGAGCCCCAGGCAGACGCAGGAACCGAAACAAUCGAAACAAAAACCCACCCCAAAACAGAGCCGUGCCGCAGCCGAUGAGUUCUGCUAUGCCGGCAGGUCAUAGGGGGCUGCACUAGAGAUGGCAGUUUACGAGCGUUUCGGCCCGGUAUCUCUCACAAAUAGUACUGGGCUCGAAGGCUCACUGACCAGCUGAUUCUCGUAAUUGCAUCAAGUUUUGACUCUCAACUUUCCCUUUUAUUUUCCGUCCCUGGCUAUUGUACUGCCCAGGCAAAAACUCUCCAUUCAGUUUCUGUUACAUUUGGACGGGCCAUCUGGUGCUUGUUAACUGCACAUCGCCUGUGCUUAUUACUAGGAAUCUCGGUUC